GGGCCAAAUUCCCUGCGCAAAUCAGGUGCAGGAAUUUUGCCAGUGGAAAAAAUAGAGAGGGAGGGAGAGAGAAAAAUCUGGAGCAACCAGAAUGCUUCGGAGUGUCAGCUUCAGUUCCGGAGUAAAGAGGCGAUGAGCAGGUCAUUAAACAGCAUCUUGUGAUCUUGCUUGUUCCAUUUUGAUGCGAUCGAUGAGGAACUAAGGAGCAGGCAGACAAGGGGGAGAGAGAGAGAGAGAAGCACACAAGACACACAGAGACACAGACACACACACACACACAAGACAAAACUGGUGACCGCAUUUCUGUUGGGGGGUCAGUCUGGUGCCUUUUUCCUGCUUUCAUUUUCGCUGCAUCGGUCGGAACCGACGCGUUUUUGUGCAGUUGCACUUGGAGACUGCUGGGUGUCUCAGCUGUUGUAACAUCGCUGCUCUGCGUUGAACUCGGCUGGGCUGGGAUCGCCAACCCACGCCACCACUUAACUCUCUUAUUUUUCGUUCGUCGUCGUUGUUGUUUGUUGUUGGUUUGUCGAUUGCAGUUUCCCCCCUCACAGCCCCUCCUUCAAACUCCCCCCACCCCAACCCCCACCCCAACACCCCCCCAAAAAAAAUUUCCUCCCCUUGCUAAUCCAGUCAUGCUCCAGAAUGACACCAAAAGGCAAUCAGUCUGCUGCCCCUAUCUGGAGCAAAACCUGGAGUCCUUGAAAAGUCCUGAGGUCAGCAGCGGGGAUGGGACCUCCCAGCUGGACUGCCCACCUGCCCCCACCGGCUUGGUUCUGCAAGAUCAAGGAGGUAGCACUUCUACGCUCAACACUUUAGGGUGGUCAACCAGCCAGACCAGCGAUGAAAGUCUUCUGCAGCAAGGGGUCCUGCCAACUGCAAUGUUGUUACCAAAGAUGGUCCAUCUGGGCCCUCUCUUUGGAGGGACUUUCCCAUCGGUGCAGCAGAUGGGGUUGUCACAGCAGCACAGGAGGUCGCCGCUCAGCCACCAUCCUCACCAAGGGACCUUCUCCCAGAGGAACAACUUCAGUCCACAGCAGCAAACCUUCAGGGCUCUGAACUGGGGCAAUCAUCAACACCAGGGCGGUGGAGGAGGAGGCGGCGGCAGUGGCUGGGGCAGUGUCACCAGUAACUGCGGCAGAGGACUGAGAAGAUCGGCUGGAGUAAUGGGCGUCUCGAACUCAGUUCCUUCCUGCUCCUCCAAGAGGUCUUACUCCAGUCAUGUGAUGGUGCCUCCAAAAUUAAACAGAGGCCGCCCAACAUUAGCUUCGAAAUCCUGGAUGGAAGAGAAUCCAUUGAGGACAGAUGGCAACAGCAACUGGCUGCCUCAUCAACAGGAAUGGACACACCCAUACAAUACAUUCAACAUGCACUCACUGGAGAACUCCCUGAUUGAUAUCUUACAGAAUGAGCAGGAACCACUCAAAGGUCGUUCAGCUUUAUUUCCUGUUGAAGAUGGCUUUCUUGACAACAGCCAGGGCGAUCAAUCUUUAUCUUCAGGCUUGAACUCCCCGGCUCUCAGUCAGAACGGAAAACCAGGAGAACGAUAUUCCCGAAAGGUUUUCGUUGGCGGUUUGCCUCCUGACAUUGAUGAAGAUGAAAUAAUCGCCACCUUCUGCUGUUUUGGACAGCUCAUGGUGGACUGGCCUCACAAGUCAGGAAGCAAAUCCUACUUUCCACCCAAAGGUUAUGCCUUCUUGCUCUUUCAGGAGGAAUGUUCAGUUCAGGUUCUGAUUGACGCCUGCUUUCAAGAUGACGGUAAACUCUAUUUGUGCGUCUCAAGCCGCACAGUCAAGGAGAAGCCGGUGCAGAUCAGACCCUGGAGUCUGAGUGACAGUGACUUUGUGUUGGACGGCUCGCAACCUCUAGAUCCCAGGAAGACUGUGUUUGUGGGAGGCGUCCCAAGGCCACUGAAAGCUGUGGAGCUCGCCAUGAUCAUGGACCAGCUGUAUGGAGGAGUUUGCUAUGCUGGCAUUGACACUGACCCUGAGCUGAAAUACCCCAAAGGAGCGGGCAGGGUGGCGUUUGCCAAUCAGCAGAGCUAUAUUGCGGCCAUCAGUGCUCGCUUCAUCCAGCUCCAGCAUCGGGACAUCGACAAACGGGUGGAGGUGAAGCCCUAUGUGCUGGUGGACCAGCUGUGCGAUGAGUGUCAGGGCGCCCACUGCAACGGCAAGUUCGCCCCGUUCUUCUGCGCCAACGUCACAUGCCUGCAGUACUACUGCGACUACUGCUGGACGAGCAUCCAUUCCCAGGCUGGCCGUGAGUACCACAAGCCGCUGGUGAAGGAGGGCGGGGAGAGGCUGCGACAGCUACCGUUUCGCUGGAGCUGAACACAGCUUGUCCCUGUUCCUUUAUUUCCCCCCCCCCCCCACCACCUUUGGGGAUGGUGACACGAAGCUGUGGGACCCACGAAUCGAUAUUUAGUGGCUAUUUGUUAACCUGCCGUUCCUUUAUCUAGAAGUGUUUGUGCACAGAAUUACCGACCCAAUAUAUCUUUGUUUUAAAAAAAAAUCUGGCUUUGCCUGUUCACCCAUCUUGUUAGUGCAGAUGUAUAAAUGAAGGUGUAAUAAGUGUUUGUUUUUUUUUGCGGUUCUCCACCCAUGAAAUUUUUUUUUCUCUUUUCUUUUUGGUCAGGGGUGAACAAUUGAAUUGUUAUAUGCACCAAGCAGGGUGAAUCUGGGUACACUGAUAAUGCCGCCAGCAGCAUGUGGGACUGAGAGCAGUGACAGGCUGAGGUGUUUGCCAGUGGCCGAGUGCAUGUGUUAAGUGGUGUGAAGAUGUGUCAGUAGGGUGCGCUGGGGAAGUGCAGUGCUCAGGGCAUUGUUGUCAGAUGGGACGGAUGAGAAGGGCUGGGGUUAGACCUUUUCCCUCCUACGUGGGAGGGGGCUGAUCUGGAAGGUUUGUUGUCUUGUACUUGUAGGGGCAGUUCCCUCAGCGGGAGCCCAAGCCAGUAUCCUUUUGCCAGGCGCGCACUUCAUGUACCUCCCCCUUUCCUCCACCCGAAUGUCACUCCGUGAAGGGCGGGUCUCGUCCGCGUGAUUGAGACCCGAUAGUUGCAGAGCAAGUCCAGAGAGCCUGAGAUGGAAAAGAAUGGCGUAUCUCUUUUGGGUGCCCAGUCACAGCCGGGCAUCAAUGGGUCAGCAAUCCCCCCGUGCACGCACAACACCCCGGCUCUGUGCUGAGUGAGUUACUCUCACUUUGACGACUCCAAUCUAAGGAUUUGGGAUUGAGUAUGACUCCCCCCCCAAGUUUCUGGUGUUGGUGACUACAGGUGUGCCUAAGUGCCAGUGUUCAGGUGGGAACAGGAUGGCCAGCGAUACCUUCCACAGUUGCAGACAUAUGUCUGUUUUGGAGGAGCAUCCUGGGCAGGUGGGGGUGGCGUUUACUGGAAAUUGGAGAAAUGUAUUCAAGAUUAAUGAUCUUGAGGAGAGGAUAGAUAAACUGUCGAUGAAGAGAAGUUAGUCUGUCUCCAUGACUGACCUACUGUGUACCAUGUGGAAUGUUUUGUUUGUAUUUUUAGUUGUAUCGCACAGGUUUCUGGUUGAAUGGUUGAGACCUCUGUAGCUCUGCUUGUUAUAUAGGGGCCAGUUGCCUGAUUUAAAAAAAAAAAUGGAUCCACCUUUAGGGAUGUAUUCAACAGUGACUAAGAUAAUGACAUUGCUUCAGCAGAUUGUCCCAUGAACGUAUGUUUGAUAUUGGCCGUCUUUAGAUAGUCUUCCCAAAGACACCGGUGACCAGAAUAGGUCGGUCGGACUUGCAAGUGGACCCAAUCUGACCUUUAAGGGAACUGGGUGUUGUAGGACAUUAGUCACUGGCCUUUCGAUAGCACCCCCCACUCUUUCUCUCUCUCCGCCCCCCCCCCCGCAACUCUCUCUCUCUCUCUCUCUCUCUCACCCCCCC